AUGCAAGUUGAGUCCUUGCGCCUGGAAGCCAGGAAUGCUAUGCUGAAAGCUGCUGGCAAUGGUCGCUUGGCCCAAGCCUUGAAGCAGAUGCGCAAAGCUCUUCCUGAAAAACUGGCACACACCGCUGAGCCCCAGGACGAUGCUAAGGAAGUGUCAGUGUCUGAGGUGUUCAACGCAAAAGCAGCUCCAAACCCCCCAGGCCAAGAGGAUUUUGCCCAAGGUACGGCCCGGGCUCUGAAGCUUGCUUGGUGCAUGGCUGGCUCACCAGCACGUAGCCUUCGACAGAAGGACGUCCGGAAGGCUUUGCAAGGUGAACGCUUUUGUCGGCCAAGCCUCCAAGCAUAUCCAUUUGUUGAACAUGUGCAAGCAGAGGACAAGAGAGAUUCGGAGCCCAUUGGCGCACCUGGCAGAUCAGCAGAUCAUUUGGCUGGGCAGCCGCGAUUGACCGGUUCUGCUUCAGCGAUUUCUUUGGGCUUGAGCCGCGCCAAAGUAGGCUUGAGAUGUGUGAAUUCUCGCUGCUCUUCCGUUGGAUCAUUGCGUCCUUUGAAAGUGAAAGGACCGGUGUUACCACCAGCUUUGCCCCCCACUGCUUUCCUCCACAAACACGAACCAGCUGCCAAGCAGGGCAUGCCUUGCGCGCCCAGCCUUUUGCCAAGAGCUCGAAUUGGGCGCGUGGCGCGCAGGGGCAAUGAAUUUUCCUCAGCAGAGAUUGUGCUAGCGGCCUCUGCUGGCAUUGUGACAUGGGUCGCUACCGGAGGAAAUCCUGGCAACUUGCUUGGCCUUGGUGGCGGCAGAAGUUUAAAACGUCAGGAUAUGGCCGAGAAAGAGGUCCAAGUGGCGCGGCAGAUGUUUUUCAGAGCAGCUGAGAACUACGCGGACUCACGAGAAAGCACAGGCGUGCUGCUGAAUCGCAUGGCGCCCGAAAUAGUGCAGGUUGCCAAGCAGCGGCUGGAGGGUGCCAUAAAGACACUUCAACAGAGCUGGCGAGAGCAAGAAAUUGCGGAAGGGGAGCAAGAAGUAAAGGCCUACUUGGUACCCGAAUAUUUACGGAACGGGAAGGAAAAGGGUGCAUUUAUGAUCGCAGUGGCAGGCAACCAAAGUGUGGGAAAGUCCUCCUUUUUGCGAGCCUUUCUUGGCUAUGAAAAGGUGACCACACCCACAACCACGACAGAACCCGUACCAUACCUCUUCCCUGUAGAGUCCGAUGUCCCCUGUAUGCUUUGGGACUUGCCACCAAUGCCGUUGGGCGCAGCGAGAGACCAAUAUAUGGCAAUGGUGGGACUGCGGCACUUUGACCUCGUGAUUGUGAUGAUGGACAACAAGUUCUCUGAGACAGAGCUUCUUCUACUAGAUGAGUUGAAGAACUGGAAGGUGCCUCAUGUACUGGUCAGGAACAAGCUGGAUGUUGAUAUCGAGCGCGAAUUCAGGAACGAGCAGUUGGUGUGGGACUUUCGAGGUGUGAAGGAUGGGCUGGAUGAUGGUGUCCGGGCUGAAAUCCUGACGGACACCCUGACGACUGUCAAGGAAGACCUUGUCGAUCUUUGUGCAGUGAAAAGCGUCUAUUGCAUUUCCACUAAGGGUGAGUAUCAGCAGUUGUUUGACUGGCCUGCCUUGGACGACGACCUCAGGAAAACUAUCCACAUGCGGUGCACGCCCAGCAUGCGUGCAGACAACAUGCCGGGACCACAGGAAGAGCAGGAGGCAACACAUGCAGAGCUGAAGGCACCUCCCAAUGAAGCAGGUCAAAACCAUGCAGAGCCAAGCAGUGCGGAUUAUGAAGGUGGCUGGCGGACAAGUACCGUGUGGCAGCCCUUGGCAAGCCCAGCCUCUGAAAAGAAGCUAGAUCCUUCUUCCGAGAAAGAGCUCCAGAAGUCUGCAACUGAAAAGGUGGCUGAAAGGCCGGCAAAGCCUGCAAGUGAGCUUGAGAAAUCUGUAGCUGAAAAGCCGAUGCAUGCAGAUGCAGAGCUCCAGAAGUCUGUGGCUGAAAGGACACCAAAGCCUGCAGAUGGGCUCCAGAAGUCUGCAACUGAAAAGGUGGCCGAAAGGCCGGCAAAGCCUGCAGAUGAGCUUGAGAAAUCUGUAGCUGAAAAGCCGAUGCAUGCAGAUGCAGAGCUCCAGAAGUCUGUGGCUGAAGAGACACCAAAACUUUCUGAUGAACUUCAGAACUCUGUUGCGGAAAUGCCAGCACAGCUUGCGGAUGAACUGCUCCGGCAGUAUGUGGCUGCAAAGGUGGCUGAAGGACCGCUGAAGCCUCAAGAUGAGCUGCAAAAGACUGUAGCUGGAAAAGUUUCUGAACAAACGCCCAAGCCUGCGGAUGCGCUCCCGAAGCCUGUGGCUGAACGGCCCCCGAAGCCUGCAUUUGCAGAGCUCGAGAAACCUGUAGCUGGAAAGCCUCUACAGCCUACAGAUGAGCUCCAGAAUCCCGUGGCUGAAAAGGUGGCUGAGAAAGUGUCAACGCCAGCAAAGGACCUUCCCAACCCGGUGUCUGAACGGCCUCCGAAGCCUGCAUUUGCAGAGCUCGAGAAACCUGUAGCUGGAAAGCCUCUACAGCCUACAGAUGAGCUCCAGAAUCCCGUGGCUGAAAAGGUGGCUGAGAAAGUGUCAACGCCAGCAAAGGACCUUCCCAACCCGGUGUCUGAAAGGCCUCCGAAGCCUGCGGUUGCAGAGCUCGAGAAACCUGUAGCUGGAAAGCCUCCAAAGCCUACAGAUGAGCUCCAGAAUCCCGUGGCUGAAAAGGUGGCUGAGAAAGUGUCAACGCCAGCAAAGGACCUUCCCAACCCAGUGUCUGAAAGGCCUCCGAAGCCUGCGGUUGCAGAGCUCGAGAAACCUGUAGCUGGAAAGCCUCCAAAGCCUACGGAUGAGCUCCAGAAUCCCGUGGCUGAAAAGGUGGCUGAGAAAGUAGCAACGCCAGCAAAGGACCUCCCCAACCCGGUGUUUGAAAGGCCUCCGAAGCCUGUGGUUGCAGAGCUCGAGAAACCUGUAGCUGGAAAGCCUCCAAAGCCUGCAGAUGAGCUCCAGAAUCCCGUGGCUGAAAAGGUGGCUGAGAAAGUAGCAACGCCAGCAAAGGACCUCCCCAACCCGGUGUCUGAAAGGCCUCCAAAGCCUGCGGUUGCAGAGCUCGAGAAACCUGUAGCUGGAAAGCCUCCAAAGCCUACAGAUGAGCUCCAGAAAUCUUUGGCUAAAAAGCCACAGACCCUUCCUCGUCAAAGGCCGCAAUCAGUUGGAAGUGAGAUGCCGAGUCGUGCAGAGAAGUUGCCAGAGUCUGGCACUGGAAGGCGUCAAAUUCGCAAUGGUGAAAGGCGGCAGACCCGUGCCGCUGGAAGGAUCAAAAUAGCAUCGACAAAGUGUCACUCGGCAGCUGAGGGAAGCACUUGUGGCUUGCCCUUUGCCUGUCUUCAAUUUAAUGUGCUGCAGCUGUACCGCCAAGAUGAAAACUGUCAAAUGGCCAUGGCCUUGGCAGCGCCGAGCAUUGUGAGUGGCGUGCCGGCGCUGUCUAGGCGCAGCUCACCGCACGGAUGGCUCGUGCCGCCGUUGCGACCGCUGCGAGCGCCUCGCACGACCAACACGGUGAGAAGAGGGAUGUCUGGCUUCUCCUUUGUCAAGUUCGCGAUUGUUGGCGGCCUUGCGCAUUGGCUGGCAAACUUCUUCAACUGGACCGCCCAUGUUGAUAGCGUUGCGUUGGAAGUACAGUUUUUUGUUGAGUUUGAUUGA